AUGAAUGUGUUAUCUUCUCUACUGAGCGUUGCUGCCAAGCAAGGGGUUUUCAGAUAUCACCCUAAAUGUAAAAGAAUUCCUCUCACUCAUCUUAGCUUUGCUGAUGACUUGUUAGUUUUCUGCCAUGGGUCCCUUGAGUCUUUGUUGAGUGUGCAAAGUACCCUAGAGCUUUUCUAUGACAUUUCUGGACUCAAGUUGGAUGCUAUGAAAACUGAAUUUUUUGCCUAUGGUUUGAAUGAUUAUGCCCUUGAUUUGAUUCAGUCAGCUACUGGGUUUAGGCUGGCUUACCUCCCUGUUAGGUACCUUGGAGUACCCCUUGUUACUCGUAAGUUGACAGGGAGAGACUGUUCUGCCCUGCUGGAGAGGGUUAAAGGCAAACUGAGACAAUGGUCCAACAAGAAUUUAAGCUUUGGGGGUAGGUUGCAAUUGGUUAAAACUGUUUUAUUUAGCAUUUUUAACUAUUGGAGCAGACAGCUCAUCCUCCCUAAGGGCAUCAUCAGUGACAUUGAGAGACUUCGCAUGAGAUUUUUUUGGAAAGGUUGUGAUACCCCUGCCAGAGGUGUUCGUGUUGGCUGGCAUAAGGUUUGUUCCUUGAAAUCUGAGGGAGGCCUUGGUCUUAGGGACCUUGCCCUGUGGAGUAAAGGUUGUUGCCUGAUGCUCAUUAGAAACAUUUUGGCAAAUGAAGGCUCUCUUUGGAUUGCCUGGAUCCAAGAAUAUUGUUUCAAAAUAGUGAGCUUUUGGGAGGCUGAAGUUCGAGCCCACUUUAGCUGGAUUCUAAAGAAGCUUUUGAAGCUUAGGGAGGUGGCGAGGUGUAUGUUUUUGCCUUCUGUUGACUGGAACCUAGUUAGAGGCAAGUGGAUUUGGGAUAAGGUUCGGAUUUGCAGGGAUAAGGUCAGAUGGCACAAAGAUCAUUUGGUUCCCUGCCCAUAUUCCUAA